CCACGGCUCAAAAUAGCCAAAUAAUACUCUACCCCGGUGCACGGUAGCAUCCGUCACUUAGAAAAGUGAACAUUUUCAGUUAUCUCCACUUCAUGAUCCAACAUUAUUCAACGAUCUCCUUCUUUUCACACUUUUUCACUCUUUCCGGCUGAAUUCUCCGGUGAAAACUUCCGGCGGUAUUCGAGAUCGAGUUCAGGUACCAACGGCUUUCGAUUUUUCUUCCGGUUAAAUUAUACGAGCAUCAAGUGGAUCUACUGUUGUAUCUACGUUUUUCAUGAUGAUAACGUGCGCCGGACGUUAGGUUUAAGUCGGAGAAACGUCAUUUCAACAAGUUUCUGUUGUAUUAUUGAAGUAUUGAUUUACUUAGGUUUUAUUUUUGUUCAGUUUAUUGUGUUAGAACCGUAGUGAUAUGUUGUUAAUGGAGUUUAUCGAGUUCGAAAACGAUAAAUCUAGAUCGUUUACGCAUGAAGAAUACUAGUAUUGAAGUUUUGCUUAAAUUAGGUAUUGUGUGAGAACUCUAGUGAUAUGUUGUUGUUGAAGCGUAUUGAGUUAGAAAACAAUAACUCUUGAUUGUUUACGCAUGAAGUAUAGGAGAUGUUCUGGUGUAGUGGAAGUUCUAUAGUGUUAGAUUCUGUUUUCUGAUAACCGCUAGUUGAAUUUGGGGAUUUAUGGUUGAAAUUAGGUUUUUGUCGAUUUUGAUUGCGUCAGAACUGUUGUUAAUAGAGUUGAUUGAAUUAGAAAUUGCAACUCUAGAUCAUUUACGCACGAAGAACAGGAGAUUUUCUGGUGUAAUGGAAGUUCUCUAGUAUUAGGUUCUGUUUUGUGAUACAUACAUGCUUGUUGACUUUGGGGGUUUCUGGUUGAAAUUAUAAGGAGAGAGUGGUGAGGUUGAUUUGAUUGAUGUGCGAGAUGGAGCCGAGGGGAAUUCCGUUGGGCGGAGGUGGUGGGAUGACUGGGGAUGGGUUUAUUGAUCGCAGUAAAGUGAGGAUUUUACUUUGUGAUAAUGAUUCCAACGCUUCUGGAGAUGUUUUUACUCUUCUUUGUAAAUGCUCCUAUCAAGUGAUUCAAGUGAAAUCUCCCAGGCAAGUGAUUGAUGCGCUGAAUGCUGAGGGACCAAACAUAGAUAUCAUUCUUUCUGAAGUUGAUCUUCCUAAAGCCAAAGGCUUGAAGAUGUUAAAAUGCAUUAUGAGAAAAGAGUUGCAACGCAUUCCUGUUAUCAUGAUGUCUGCACAGGAUGAAGUUCCCCUUGUUGUCAAGUGUUUAAGCCUUGGAGCAGCUGAUUAUCUUGUGAAGCCUUUAAGGAUUAAUGAACUCUUGAAUUUGUGGACACACAUGUGGAGAAGACGACGAAUGCUUGGAUUGACUGAGAAGAAGACGAUGAACUGUGAAUUUGACCUGGUACUUUCAGACCAUAGUGAUGCUAAAACAACUAGUACAGUGUUUUCUGAUGAUACGGAUGAGAAGUCAAGGAAAAGUGCCAAUCUAGAGAUGUCUUUAUCAAUCCAUCAUGAAAAUGAGAUUAAUGUGACGUUAGCUCAUGGUCCUGCAGAUGAACAACUUGUUCGUUUAUCAACUGAUAGAUUUGGUUUGCCAGAAACCAAUGACUAUCAACCAGGUUUUACAGGGAUAUUCGUGUCUAGCCCAAAGAAGAGUAAACUAAAGAUAGGUCAAUCUUCUGCGUUUUUUACAUAUGUCAACAUGAGCAAGCCCACAAGAAACGCUUCAGGGGUUUUAGCAUCUGUUGAUGAAGCUACUCUGCUAUCAAAAGCUCACAAAGAGUCAAGCUUGUGUGGUGACGUGGACAGUCCGCCUGUCAACCUUUUCGCUCAAAAUAUCCCAGAAAAAGCUAGAACAUGUGGCGAGCAUAGGCUUAACGAUACUCAAGGACAUUAUCACACACAAGUUAAGGAAACUCAAUCCCAGAUAGCCGAGUUUCCUAACAGUAACAGUUUUAAUCCACAUUCUGCUUAUCCUUAUUACCAACAUGAAGCAAUGAAUCAGGUUAUGAUGCCGUCAUCAUCGUUAUCAAUGUAUCAUGCACAUUAUCCACCUCAUCACAUGGCUGGAAUGACAUCAUUCCCUUACUACCCAUCGGUGAAUCUUAGCAUACAACCUGAGCAGAUGCCCCACCCAUGGUCCGCGUAUGGAACAACAUCAUCCAAUAAUGGAAAGGGUCAAAGUCAAACCAUUGACCGCAGAGAAGCAGCCUUGCGUAAAUUCAGACAGAAGAGAAAACAGCGUUGCUUUGAUAAGAAAAUCAGAUAUGUUAAUAGGAAAAAGUUAGCUGAGAGACGACCUCGUGUAAGGGGACAGUUUGUGAGGAAGGUUAAUGGGAUAGACGUGGAUCUCAAUGGGCACCCUGUUUCUACCGAUUUUGAUGAUGACGAUGAUGAAGACGAAGAAUGAUGAAUAAGCAGGCCGAGUUCAUUCCAUUUAAUGAUUCAGCAGUUUUUGUGAAUGACUGAAAGUCUGAAAUGAAUGCAAUAUAUGCGAUCUCCAGUGAAAACCGUUGUGUGACCAAAUUGGACUGUGAUUUUUGAUAAAUUAUCAUUGAUCUUUGGUGGCAUGACGGCGGUGGUGUCAUUAUGUCUCAGUCAAGAAGAAAUGCAGCUAAAAAUGGUAAGUUAUAAGUAUCUUCAUGAAGUUUGGAUAGAGAAUCACAUGGUUCAUUGGUUACUGGAGAAUGUAUGUCUGAUGAUCCUUGAAUGAUCAGCUGGUAAUUGUUAUGCUCUUGAAAUCUUGUCUAUACAUUGUUUUAUGGGCUUCCUUUUCUUUAUAUUUUGUACAUUUACAUCAUAUUAAAUGGAAGCUAUUGUUAUCUCCAA